AUGGCUCUGCUUCAAUAUCCUGCACCGGUAGACUACGCCGCCCAACAGGAGGCCUUCAAGGACUUCUUAAAAGACUUCAAGAGCUUCGAGUCAGCCUCAGAAGCGGCUGCGACAGAGGCUAUCCAGGGCCUGCGCAUUGAUGGCGACCGUACCGAUGACGAAUACGAUUUUAUGGAUGAUGUUGAAACCGAGGGUGGUGCGCGUCGUGAUCCAAAGACGAAAUAUAUGCGGAUACUCCAAGAUGUCGCAAAUAGGGAUAGCAACAGUAUCUUGAUUGAAUUGGACGAUUUGGCAACAUAUGAAAAAUCUCUUCCCGAAGACGCCGAUCUCAAGCUGGUCGAGUCCAUUCAAUCAAACACCAAGCGCUAUGUCGAUGUUUUUGCAGAAGCCGUGGACGCCGUAAUGCCCAAGGAGACUAAAGAAAUAUCUUUCAAGGACGACGUUAUUGAUAUCAUCAUGUCGCAACGUGACAAGCGAAAUGAAACAAUGCGAAUGGCUGCUGAAGCCGAUAUGGAUGCUAGCCCACCCCAAGCAGUGUUUCCAGCUGAAUUGACGCGACGAUACACGUUGAACUUCAAGCCUUUAACGGUGUCUGAGUCCAGCAGCGGACAGGGCUCGAAGGCACUAGCCGUUCGUCAUGUACGAGGCGAGCACCUCGGUAGCUUAAUUACUGUUCGUGGUAUCGUGACACGAGUGUCCGAUGUCAAGCCAGCUGUCAGGAUCAACGCAUAUACUUGCGAUCGAUGCGGUAGUGAGGUGUUCCAGCCUAUCACUACGAAGUCAUUUUUGCCUAUGACUGAAUGUCCUUCGGAUGAUUGUAUUGCCAAUAACACUAAGGGACAACUGUUCCUUUCAACUCGUGCUUCAAAGUUUGUUCCUUUCCAGGAAGUCAAGAUUCAGGAAAUGGCAGAUCAGGUUCCAGUUGGACAUAUUCCCAGAACCAUGACGGUGCACUGUAAUGGCAGUCUCACACGUCAACUCAACCCUGGAGACGUUGUUGACAUUGCCGGAAUCUUUCUUCCCACACCUUAUACUGGAUUCAGGGCUAUUCGCGCUGGUUUGUUGACAGACACAUACCUUGAAGCGCAGUACAUUACUCAACACAAGAAAGCCUACGACAGCAUGGUAAUGGACAGUCGAGCAAUUAAGAGAAUGGAACAGUACAAGAAUUCGGGUCAACUGUACGAAUAUCUUGCUCGAUCUAUCGCUCCAGAGAUUUACGGUCAUCUCGAUGUUAAGAAGGCUUUGUUGUUACUCUUAAUCGGUGGUGUGAACAAGGAUAUGGCCGAUGGCAUGCACAUCCGUGGAGACAUUAACAUUUGUCUUAUGGGUGAUCCUGGUGUGGCCAAAUCCCAGCUUCUCCGAUACAUUUGCAAGGUGGCCCCUCGUGGUAUCUACACUACUGGUCGUGGUAGCAGUGGCGUGGGUCUCACAGCCGCUGUUAUGCGAGACCCGGUAACUGACGAGAUGGUGCUGGAAGGUGGUGCUCUUGUGCUUGCUGAUAACGGUAUCUGCUGUAUCGACGAAUUCGACAAGAUGGACGACUCGGACCGAACAGCUAUUCACGAAGUCAUGGAACAACAAACCAUUUCUAUUUCCAAGGCCGGCAUUACCACAACACUCAAUGCGAGGACGUCAAUUCUCGCCGCGGCUAACCCUUUGUAUGGCCGAUACAAUCCUCGCAUUUCUCCUGUUGAGAACAUUAACCUUCCUGCCGCUCUUCUCUCACGUUUCGACGUUAUGUUCCUUAUGCUGGAUACCCCGUCUAGGGAUGCCGACGAGGAGUUGGCAAACCACGUCACAUACGUUCACAUGCACAAUAAACACCCAGAGACUGGCGAUACUGCGAUUGUCUUCAGCCCCAACGAAGUUCGCCAAUUCGUGGCCCGUGCUCGUACCUACCGCCCACUGGUCCCCAAAGAAGUGUCGGACUACAUGGUUGGUGCCUAUGUGCGUAUGCGUAGACAACAAAAGAAAGACGAAGGAAGCAAGCGCCAAUUCUCACACGUCACUCCUCGUACCCUCCUCGGUGUGGUACGUCUUUCGCAGGCUUUGGCGCGUUUGCGUUUCAGUGAUUCUGUUGUCACCGAUGAUGUUGAUGAAGCACUCCGACUUGUUGAGGUUAGCAAGGCCUCUCUGGCUAGUGAACAGAACGGGGAGGGAGACCAGACACCAAGCAGCAAGAUCUACAACCUUAUCCGUGGUAUGCGGGAGAGUGGCGCUGCAGCGGCUGAGGACGGACAAGAGGGCGAGCUCAGUCUUCGCAGAGUUCGCCAGCGAGUCCUUGCCAAGGGCUUCACGGAGGAUCAGCUGACGAAGACUAUUCAGGAAUACCAAGAAUUGGAUGUCUGGCAAAUCACCGGUAACGGCACUCGUCUGCUUUUCGUUGAACUUGAUGGCUUCGAUGACGAUAUGGAUAUCUAG